AUGUCCGACCACGAGCGCUGGCAAGCUGUCGUGACCCGUGACGCCUCGUGGGACGGCAAAUUCGUCUACUGCGUCAAAACAACCAAAAUCUUCUGCCGCCCAAUCUGCAAAGCACGCCUAGCCCGCCGCGCCAACGUCGAAUUCCACACCACGCCCGCCCAAGCCGAAGCAGCAGGCUACCGCGCGUGCAAGCGCUGCCAGCCGCUGCUCGCCUCCUACACGCCGGAAGCCGACAAGGUGAAGGUGGUGUGCGAGCUGUUGGAUGCGCUGCCGGAUGCCGCCGACGUGCCGAGUUUGGAUGUGUUGGCUGCGGAGGUGAGGUUGACGAAGCAUCAUUUCCAUCGGCUUUUUAAGCGCGAGACGGGGGUGACGCCGAGGCAGUAUGUCUUUGCAGCGAGGAAUAGGCGGCGGGAGAUAGAGGGUGGGGAGUCGAGUGCUACGGCGAGUGUCUGGUCGCCGAUGACGCCUGUGGAUCCCAGCAUGGGCAUGCCGUUCUACACGACCUUGGAGAACGAUGCGUUUUCGUUGCCGGACCUCGACUCGGUGACGUCGAAGUACGAAGUGGGAACUCUCAACUUAUCGACCACCAACCCCAUCGGGAACUUCGUCAUCUUUUACACCAUCCUAGAAACCAACUGCGGCCAGCUCCUACUGGCGUUCCAAAACGAACAAAUGUGCAGGCUGGAAUUUGGAAGCGAUCUGCGCGAGCUUCUGAACGUCUUGGAGACCGCCUUUCCCUCGCUGUAUUACAUUCAUUCGCCAUUGGAGAUGGCAGAUGGGGGGUCGAAAACUUUGUAUCAACAACAGGUUGAUGCGGUGGUGCGGGCAUUAGAGGAUCCGACCGGUGAGGUCUUAGGAGUGCCGCCGUCUUUCGAUGAGCUGCCGGGAAUACCCUGCGGUUGA